AACGGUAUUGUCAUUUAAACGUUCCAGUGUUCUCCGAGUACUGUUGUCUAAAUGGUACGUAAUAAUCACAGCUGUUUUCGUGUUUUUGACUUUAUUGUUGAAGAACACAAAAACUCCACACUUCCUUGUGUUUUAUCUUAAGUUGAUAUCAAAUUGCAACUACCCACACAUACUUUCUCUCUCUCCCUCUUUCUUGUCAAAGUGACAACAAUCGAAGAAUAUUUUCCAAGUCGAUCAAACGAAGAUUAACCCCCAAGGACUGUCAAAACAUCACGCAAAGGGGCUGUAUAUAUUCAUGAGUACAGUGGAAGUGGUUGUCGCUAGCUCGCGCGCGCCUGGUUACGCCAGCAGACGACUCGGUUACUUGGUGAUACAACAUUCAAGACACGUCCAUCAUAAGGCGGAUUACGAUCAUUGAUUAUGGAAAGACGAAUACUCGUGAAAUCACUGUUCGUCUCACUUCUACUGCGGGCCCGUUAAACAAUCUAACACACUAGCCGAGCUACCAAGAUGAAGAAGACAGAACCGACACUGUUUGAUGUGAAGUUCAUGGAGUUGGAGAAGCUAAAACUGGACUGUCACAAACACAUGUGUCGACUGAAUGACCUAAAGAUCGUCUACCGGGACUGGUUCGAUCGCAGACGGCAGUCCUUUCUGGACGCCAUCAAAACCGUGCAGAUCACAUACCCGCAGAUGGUACCAACCAACAUUCUGACAUUGAGCCACUUCAAGAGUCUCUAUCUCUUCACAAACAAAGUCCCAAAGAGUGGUAAAAGAAUUAAUGAAACACCCGCUAAAAUGGAAGCAUUUCUGUCUUUUUGGUCGCAAUUUUGCGAUUUGAAAAGUCAGAGUGAUAUUUUGUAUGAGCGCAUAUGUACUUACUGUGAUUCAAUAACUCGGUUACGGGAACCAAAGAUUAAGUUAGAAAUUGACAGACUGCAUAAACAAUUCACAGUGGCCUCUUCUGAAAAUUACAACUUUACACACGUCAACAACGAGAAAGAUAAUCUCUUCACAUACAGAGUCGCUAUGCCCGACCAUCAGUACCACGGACUUGUCAGCUUCAUGCCAUAUCUGUUACAACUUGCCACGAAGGUCUGCUAUUAUUGUGGUAAACUUCAUAUAGAAAAGGAAUAGACUGGUUACUGUCUUGGCUAAUAGCUUGGAAUCUUAACAACAGAGGGUGUAGCUUGUGUGCCGUUUGAAAGUUGUAGACUUUCUGCCUGCGACUGGACAUCUCGACCUGCUGUGACAGUGUACAAAGAACAGUGCUCACAACAUAUUUGCGAAGCUACAUCUUUGCAAAGAAAAAUAUAUGUAUUUGGCCAAUAAAACUAAUAUUUAUGCAUGUAUAUCCAAAUAGACUCAGCUAUCGAGUUUAUAGAUUCAAAUAUAUAUUAUAUAUAUGAUCUGAAACGUUAUUAAAUGGUUGUUACAAGCCCCUGCCCAGUAUUUCAAGAAUCAAAAUAUGUAUUAUAUAUAAGUAUUUUCCUAAGAGAUAAUAUAGACAAAUCUGUUCCAGGCCAGGCGUGCUUUGGAAGGGGUGAGGUGGUGGAUGCGGGAAGGACAUUUGUUAUCAGGCGCCAAAUUAACAAUCAUUACUCUGCAGCGUUUCUGGGACCGACCAUUAUGGUGAGAUACAGUACUGAGAUGGGCAUGAUUAAGGGUUAAAAUUGAACAGGGAUAACUGAUAACUUAUAUUCUGCGUCAGACACCCCAAUAUUUUUACAAAACCAGAUUAUGUGGAAUAAAUAAAUGACCGUUUAGUGAUCGUAUUCAAUAGCGUAUCUGUGAUACAUUAAAAUAAUGGCUGUGUGCUAUAUUUAGGUUAACAGAGGAAGCUGAACUAUUUUAAUAGUGAAGUGAAAGAACUUAAGACAAGUUUAAGAGCAUAUAUUACGUAACGUGGUGCUUAGGUAAUCAUUUAUCACUGGAAAACAGAAACAACUGGAUGGAGGAUGACGUUUUAGUCACACACACACACAGAGAGAGAGAGAGAGAGAGAGAGAGAGAGAGAGAGAGAGAGAGAGAGAGAGAGAGAGAGAGAGAGAGAGAGAGAGACACACACACACAGACACACUUGAACUGCUUAUAACUUAUUCAUGUAUUUAAAUGGAUGUUGUAAAUAAAUAUCUCGUUUCUGC